UACACUUCACAUGGCUGCCCCAACAAGUUUCCUGAUCAUGCUUUAUUUUGUGUGUGGGUUUAGCAUUGCCUUGGCAGCAACUCUCAACAUUACCACGGAUCAAUCUGCUCUUCUUGCCUUGAAAGCUCAUAUUUCUUUUGAUUCCCAAAAUCAUUUGACAAAAAACUGGUCUACUAAUACUUCUGUUUGCAAUUGGGUAGGUGUCAUUUGUGGUUCUAGACAUUACCGAGUCAGGGUCUUAAACCUUUCUUUCAUGGGCCUUGUAGGUGAACUCCCGAAAAUAGGGAAUUUAACUAUGCUUACAGAGCUAUACCUUGAAGACAACAAUUUUGAAGGAAGACUACCCCUAGAAAUAGGGAAUUUAACUUUGCUUACAAUGCUAUACCUUGGUUACAACAACUUUGAAGGAAGACUACCCGCAAAAAUAGGAAACUUAACCAUGCUUUUGGAGUUAGACCUUACCUACAACAACUUUCAAGGCAUGCUUAUAUAG